AUGGAUCUUACAGGCAAUAUUACACCAGAUUUUGGAAACCUCACAUUUGUUGAUUCUCUUGACUUGGGAAGCAACAAUUUCUAUGGUGAAAUACCCAAAGAGAUAAGCAAUCUCGUUGAGUUGGAGGACUUAGAUUUAGGGGUUAACAAUUUUAGUGGUUCACUUCCAAUGGAGAUCUUCAACAUAUUAGGGCUGAGAGUAAUUUCUCUUUUAUUCAAUAAUCUAUCAGGAACUCUACCAUCAAAUAUAGGUUCUAUCUUACCCAACAUUGAAGGGCUAUAUUUGGGUGGCUUAACCAAUCUUGUUGGGACUAUACCUCAUUCAAUUUCCAAUUGUUCAAAACUUACUAUUCUAGAGCUUGCAUCCAACAAACUCACCGGAUUGAUUCCCAAUUUUCUUGGACAUUUGACUAGUCUAUGCUUCCUAGACUUGGCGGGAAACAAUUUAACUAGCAACUCAUCUUUAAGCUUCCUGACUUCCUUAACCAAUUGCAGAAAUUUAACAACUUUUUCUCUAAGUCUGAACCCUCCAAAUGGUAUGCUUCCAGUCUCUGUAGGGAACUUCUCCACAUCUCUUCUAAAGUUUUAUGCCCAUAGUUGCAAAAUCAACAGACGACUUCCAAAUAAAGUUGGGAACUUAACCAGCCUAUUAGACCUUGAUCUUUCUGAUAAUGACUUGGUUGGAUAUCCCACAUCAAUUGGUAACUUGAGAAACCUGCAGGGCUUGUACUUGAGUUAUAACAAACUUACAGGAUCUAUUGGAGAUAAUAUAUGUAAAUUGCAGCACUUGGCUGACAUAGACUUGACUGAAAAUAAACUGUCAGGAUCUCUUCCUCAUUGUUUAGGGAAUGUUACUGGUUCCAAUAAAUUGAGUUUCAAUGUACCGGCAAGCUUAGGGAAUCUUAAAGAUCUUGUGCUUCUUGACUUAUCAUCAAACAACAUGGUUGGUUCUUUACCUCCAGAAAUUGGAAAUCUAAAGGUUGCAACACGGUUGGAUCAAUCAAUUCUCAAAUGA